GUUUUGGGACUGAACUUCUGCAGAGGGCAAUCUGACGACUAGCAGCAGAGUUGUUAGACUUUCUACUCUAUCCUGAAUUCACAACUUCUGUUGAUAUUUCGUUGCAUCAGCAUGUCCACACACGAAUAAUGGUAUCUGAAUACAGCCUUCGGUACCUCGGCGCUGUUGAAGACGUGUCACUAAACACAGGGCAGGCCAUACCAGGAAGAAGUCUCGAAGCUCAGCUUGUGGACAAACUUGAAGAUGCGCAGUUGGAAGGGAAGCUGCCAUAUCUUGCUCCCGAGGACUACCAAACAGUGUACGUCAUUGUGUCAAAGCAUGGCAUUAAAGUUAUGGAUUCAAAGAAAAAGCAAGUAAUGCAGCGGCAUCCUCUUCACGUCAUAGCUCAAGCAAUCCAAUAUUCAGAUGGCUUGGGGCGGUUCAACUUGGUACUGAAGACAGUACAGCCAGGGAAAAAGACAUUUGGUUGCUAUGUCUUCCAAACAAGUACGGAGGAGCAAGCCAUUGGAGUAGUGAAGACAUUACAGCAAAUGUACAGCCAGUUCACACAGCGAUGACAACUGCGAUUAAUUAUAAAAGAAAGGCAUCAUGCGCUUUUAUAUAUUUAUAUGAUAUUUUACAUGUACACAAUAUAAGAAAUGUGGAGACUCAAAUUUUACGUCGAUUUCCAGUGUAAAAUAAAUAAUGGAUACUGAUUGUGUUCCCAAUCAUUCAUACUA